GACUAAUAAGAAAAGCAAGAGAAAGCUCUAUUUCUCCGUGGAGUAAGCUCAUUCACACUGAAUGAGAAGAAUCACGUAAAUCCCGUGUUCGCGUUCGUUACUUCUCGCUUUAUAUUUUACAUGGUAUCAGAGCCUGGUCAUAUAGAUCAGAAUGGCUACGACAACAGAGGGUGGAACUGACGGUGCGAUGGUUACCAACGGCGGCGGCGGAGGCGGUAUGGUUCCUCCGGUCAUUCCUGCGACGUUGAAGAUCCAAGCAUCGGACAAUCCUGGCCAGCUGUUUGUGGGGGAGUUGCUGAACGACUCGAAUUAUGGAGAAUGGGUAACCGAUAUGACGGAAGCCCUAAUCGCCAAGAAUAAACUUGGUAUUGUGGAUGGAUCUGUUGUGAAGCCCGAAGCGGCGGGAGAGCUCCGGGAGGCAUGGCUGCAAUGCGAUGCACUCGUGAAGGGAUGGCUCAAGACUGCCAUGGACAAAGAAGUUCGCAGCUCGAUUCGUUAUGCGAAGACGGCGCGAGAGAUGUGGGUCGAUCUCGAGGCCAGGUUUGGAAAAGGAUCGGCUCCUCGCGCAUAUGAACUCCGACAGCUGAUUAGCUCCUUGAGGCAAGAGAAACUCAGCGUCUCUACCUUCUUCACCAAGCUGCGGGGUUAUUGGGAAGAGAUGCAGACGAUAAAGCCGAUUCCGCGUUGCACGUGCGGGCAAUGCACAUGCGAUGUAGGGAAACAAGUCAUGGAAAAUCUAGAAAGUGAUCGUCUUUUUGACUUUCUAAUGGGACUAGGAGAUGCUUUUGCUACGGUGAAAACUCAAAUAUUAUCUAUGAGACCUACACCGACCUUGGGUGAGGCUUAUCGGCUUGUUGCCACCGAGGAACAGCACAAGCAAAUUUCUGCAAAUAUGAGGCCUCAUGUUGAGGCAGCAGCACUUCAAACUUCUCGUGGCCAAGAUGCGAUGGACGCUGGUCGUGGUAGUGAGAGAGGACGCAACGCAGAUGGCAAGAGUGUACUUCGUUGUAGUCACUGCCAAAAGCGUGGCCACCAAAAGGAAAGUUGCUUUGAGUUGAUUGGAUAUCCAGCUGGAUGGGUCGAGAGGAAGCCACGUUCAGGAGAUAGAGAGGAGCGGCAGAGGGACUCGAGGCCGAACAAAUCAAGGGCAGCGCAGUCGUCAUCAGCGGCAGGUGUGUCUAUUCCUGGACUAAGCUCUGACCAAGUUCAGCAACUGUUGCAGUUUCUCAACCAGAGCAACACGUCGCAAUCUCAGAAUACAGAGUCACAAGUGCACAUGGCUGGUAAGUUCUCUGACAGUUCUGAAUGGGUUAUUGAUUCGGGGUGCAAUGAAUAUAUCACCAACGAUGAAAAGUUGCUAGAAAAUUCGGGUGCUGUUCAAGGGUAUUUGCCGGUUAGUAUUCCGAAUGGGGAUAAAGUGGCAGUUAAACGAGUUGGUGAUGUCAGUUUGUCAAAUGGAAUGAAACUCAGUCGUGUUCUCAGCAUACCAUUAUUUAAGUGUAACCUUCUCUCGGUCAGCAGGCUGACACAAGAUUUUGAUGUCGCUUUGACAUUCUUACGCGAUUUUUGCGUCAUCCAGGACUUACACUCCAGGACGACGAUUGGGACGGGACAACUACGUGAUGGAUUGUACUAUCUUCGGUUGCUAGGAGGACCUGUGUCGCAUGCCUUAACAGCCAGUGGUGAUGAUGGAACGGGGGAGCUUUGGCAUUCGCGUCUGGGCCACCCGUCACCGGAGAAAGCUUCGUUCUUAUUUAGUUCAAUUCAGAAUAAAUGCAAGGUUGAUGCCUGCGAUUCUUGUAUUCGUGCUAAACAGACACGACUACCUUUUCCUCGGAGUUCGAUAAGAACAAAUCGAUGUUUUGAACUUGUUCAUGUGGAUAUUUGGGGUGGUUUCAAGGUUCCAACUCAAAAUUCAACUAGAUAUUUCCUUACCAUUGUUGAUGAUUUCAGCAGGGCUACCUGGGUAUAUUUGUUGAGUUAUAAAUCUGAUGUUGAGGGAUAUUUAAAGAUGUUCAUCAAUAUGGCCGAGACGCAAUUUGAUAAGAAGGUAAGUAGAGUUCAGGCUGACAAUGGAUUGGAGUUUCAGACGAACAGCUUACGUUCUUUCUAUGAAGACCGUGGAAUUGUAUUGCAGACAACGUGCACGGAUACUCCUCAACAGAAUGGAGUCGUCGAGAGAAAGCAUCGCCACUUGCUAGAGACAGCUCGUGCCUUGAGGUUUCGGGCUAAUCUGCCAUUGCGUUUCUGGGGGGAAUGUAUACUUACUGCUGUCUACUUAAUUAAUCGACUCCCUUCCAAGGUUUUGCAGAAUCGAACACCUUAUGAAAUCCUACUGGGUAAGCUGCCGUCCUAUAAGCAUCUUCGGGUUUUUGGUUGCUUAGCUUAUGGAAAGGAUACGCACAAGGGUGUUUCGAAGUUUGGGGAACGGGGUCGUCGAUCUGUCUUUAUGGGGUAUCCUGCCUUUCAAAAAGGCUAUCGCCUUUAUGACUUGAACACCCACACAUUUUAUACUUGCCGAGACGUGCAUUUUGUUGAAUGGACUUUUCCCUUCCACGAACAGUCAACUAGCUCUCCUCAACCAGCAACUUCCCUCCCUUCCUUUCCAGCGCUCGUCGAAGAUGAUGAUGACCCAGUGAUGACGACAACCCCGCCAGUACCAGAUGAUGGGGAUUGUACUUUGCCGAAUGACUCUUCGGCAUCUGAACCACUACAUUCUGGUUCGUCGCCUUCCGCAUGUGCGCCAAGUACUGCAUUACCUCCACAUGAGAAACCGGGGGAAGGCCCUCGACGCAGCCUGAGAAGUCGGCAAGUUCCUCGUUGUUUUUAUCACUUCGAGGUUGAGCUCCCUCCGUCAAAUGUUCCAUAUCCCAUGUCCAAUUUUGUGAGGUAUGCGAAAUUCUCUUCGGGACACAAAAGUUUCCUAGCAGCAGUAUCUAGCAAGACUGAACCCACAUUUUUCAAAGAUGCUGUACGUUAUCGUGAAUGGCGGGAGGCUAUGCAGCGGGAAAUAGAUGCGCUCGUUGCUAAUGGUACCUGGUCUUUGGUUGAACUACCUCCGGGAAAGAAAGUUGUCUCUUCCAAGUGGGUUUUUAAGAUUAAGUACAAACAAGACGGUACCAUUGAGCGUUACAAAGCUCGUUUGGUCGCCAAAGGUUUCACUCAAACAGAGGGGAUAGACUAUCAUGACACUUUUGCGCCUGUGGCCAAGCUUGUCAGUGUUCGAUGUCUUCUUGCGGUGGCUGCGAUUCGCGGAUGGGCAGUUCACCAACUCGAUGUUGACAAUGCGUUUCUACAUGGCGAUCUUCAGGAAGAAGUUUACAUGCAGAUACCUCCCGGCUUUGCAGCACCAGGUGAUACGCGUGUUUGCCGAUUGCACAAAUCCAUUUAUGGAUUGAAGCAAGCAUCUAGGAACUGGUAUGCCAAGUUCACCACUACCCUAACUGAACUUGGUUUUCAAAGAUCCCGGGCAGAUUACUCAAUGUUUGUUCGCCGACAUCGAGACACCUACGUUGUUGCCUUGAUCUAUGUCGAUGACGUAAUUCUUGCCGGGGAUGAUAUGGAGUUUAUCCAGCAUGUUAAAGACGCCCUUCAUCGCCAGUUUGGAAUCAAGAACCUUGGCCCUCUUAAAUAUUUUCUGGGAAUUGAAGUGGCCAGGUCUCGUGCUGGGAUUGCGCUUUGUCAGCGGAAGUAUACCCUUGAUCUUUUGCAGGAUAGUGGCCUUUCCGCUGGGCGCCCUAGCUUGUUUCCGAUUGAGCAACAACAUCAACUUACCAGGCCCCCCGAUGAUGACUCUACUCGUGUCUCGGCGGAAGAUGCUGCUGCGUAUCGUCGCUUGAUCGGACGCCUUCAAUACCUUACAGUCACACGGCCAGACAUUGUUUAUGCCGUAAACAUUUUGAGUCGAUAUGUGCAUGCCCCUACCUUGGAACAUGUAGCCGCAGCUGACCGUGUUCUGCGGUACUUGAAGAGUGCUCCGGGACAGGGCAUUUUGCUUCCAUCUACUGGCGAUUUGCGCCUCACAGCUUACUGCGAUGCCGAUUGGGGGGGUUGUCAGUCCUCUCGGCAUUCCACUUCUGGCUAUUUUGUCACCCUUGGCACUGCUCCCAUCUCAUGGCGUACUAAAAAGCAGUCGGUUGUAGCCCGGUCUUCUGCAGAAGCUGAGUACCGCUCGAUGGCAGGCGCAGUGAGCGAAGUUAUAUGGCUAGGUGCACUGCUCCGUGAUUUGGGCAUCCCAUCUGCUGCUCCUACUGUUCUUUACUGCGAUAAUCAGGCUGCUCUACACAUCGCAGCGAACCCAGUCUUUCAUGAGCGCACAAAGCACGUUGAAAUGGACUGUUACUUUGUUCGGGAUCAUGUGACUUCCGGUGAGAUCCUCCCUCAAAAAAUCUCCACUCAUCAUCAGCUGGCGGAUUUGUUCACUAAAGGGCUCGGUGGUGAUCGAUUUCAGGAGUUGUUGUCCAAGCUGGGCAUUUGCAAUUUGCAUGCCUCAGCUUGCGGGGGAGUAUAGGAGUUAUUUAUUAUUAGUCGGGAUUGCAUGGAAGGGUAUAGGAGUCCUUUCUUCCUUUACGUAACGUAACCCUAGUUGCACUUGAGGAAUAGGGUAUAUAUUCAUCUCCUUGUAAUCAGCUACCGACUAAUAAGAAAAGCAAGAGAAAGCUCUAUUUCUCCGUGGAGUAAGCUCAUUCACACUGAAUGAGAAGAACCACGUAAAUCCCGUGUUCGCGUUCGUUACUUCUCGCUUUAUAUUUUACAAUUGGUGUUCAUUGUAGUCAGUAGUCUAGGAAAGAGAUCGCCCACAUAAUAAUUUUAUCGUCGACUAGUUCCACGUCAAGUAAGCAUUCCUAUUUCCUUUCAAAAGAACGGCAACAGCACACUGAUGAUACUGUGUUUAUAGUGACAGGUCCAAUCUUUAGUUAGGAGGAAUUUAAAAUCACUAAUUGUUGAAAUGUAUUUGAGGUUGACAAGUAAUACAUUAGAUGUAUUUGC